UGUGUGGUAUAGAAAGAGUAAUUUAACAAUGAAAUCGGUUGAUUUUAUUAAAUUGCCCCUAUUCGUAGUCGCCAUUAAGGGACUGGAGGUGAAAACAAGUUAUAAUGGUGAAAAGGCAUAUUAUAUAGUUGCAAAUUGGCUUUUGCCAUUGGGUCUUCUGAAUACAAUGCUAAAUGGAUACGGUCAAUACGCGGUGAUGAUGGAAAAGAUAAACGACGGUGCAGGAUUAUCAGUGUACGGUCGCCAUGUUUACCCAUUUUUUUACAUAAUAUCUUUGGUGACGAAAUUAUUUACGCUACUGUACAAACGGCGUCAACUCAACAAAUUAUUACUGACUCUGGAUGAUGUUAUGCCGCGCACGGGAAAAGAUCAAAAGGAAUAUCGCCUCGAUGCAUUUUACAAUCAUAUAACGACAUUAACGCGUACAUGCGCCAUCAUUGCAGUGUUUGCGAUCAAUUAUGCAAGUUUCAGUCCAACCGUUGUGGCCUAUUAUAAAUCAAAAACCAAUGGAAAAGAUUUUGAAAUGCAAUACCCAUACGAAUCUUAUUCAAUUUAUCCAACACAACGGAUUUUCUUUCCGAUUUUCUUCUUUUCACAAGUGUGGGAGUCGGCCAUCAAUAUUGGGGCAAUCAAUGCCAUCAAUUUCAUGAUCUAUGGCAUUAUUGUUUUGAUUGAUAUGCAUUAUAAGCAUUUGGCAAAGAAAAUCAUCUCUUUUAAUAGCAGUGAAUUAAUGGUGGUUCGUGAUGACCACAAAGAUUAUGAGCAUUUGAUUUGGUGCGUGACAAAACAUAAUCAAUUGGAUGGAUUUAUUUAUCAGCUCAACGAUAUUUUCUCAAUCGCCAGUUUGGUCAAUUUAUGCUGCAGCACUUCCAUCAUGGUUUUAUUCUGUUUCAUGGGCACAAAUGUGGCGUCCACAAAUGAUUUUAUCCAGUACUUAAUGAAUGCUUUUUCGUCCAUUGUCGAUUUAUGGGUCAUGUGCUGGUUUAGCCAAAAGAUUAGGAAUAGCAGCUCAUUUAUUCCGCAAAGUGGUUACGAGAGUAUUUGGUAUACGAGAAGCACAGGCUAUCAAAAGGGAAUCGUUAUGAUGGUCCGAAAUAAUCAACGAAAUUUGCAUUUAGAAGCUUUUAAAUUUGCAGAUCUUUCGAUGGAACGAUUUUUAAGCGUUAUUCAGCUUUCUUAUCGAAUUCUGGCUUUACUUAAUAAUGUUGAGGAAUAA